CACCGGAUUUAAAAGCGGGAACCGACCGUUGGGAGGAAUGUGAAGAUAAAAGUAUAUAGUCGAUAGUUUUGAUGCAGAAAGUCACCGGGCACUCAAAUUUCCUCAAUUUAACAAAGAAAGAAAGUCUAGUUAGUUCAGCUAUUUAACUUUUUAUAAUAACAAUAACAACACAUAUCGUGUAGAGCACUUGUACAGCCUCCACCGAGUUUGGAUUAGAAACCCGGAUACAUGAGAUUUAAAUGGUAGGCAUGUCGUUGUAACCUUUAUAUAAAUAUGAUUCUAAAUUAGUUUUUUUUUUCUUCUGUUUUUGUUUGUUGAUAACUCCCAAGUCCGUCAUACACACUGAGCUGAGGACUGUAUGGGUUAAAAAGGACACGGUCUUCUUUUGUUUUUCUCUGUGAGAAAAAAAAAAAAUGAAACCGAAACAGGGUCAGAAUCAUCAUCAGAGUCCUGGACCCAACUGGCAAGGAAAGGCUGUGGAUGAGAAGACCUCAGUGAGCAAGGCAAAGCAAACUUCUAAAGUAUCAUCUUCAGCACAUGUCAAACCUUUUGCUGGGAAAGUGUUUUACCUGGAUCUACAAUCCUCCAAAACAGCAGAGACACUGGAGAGAGACAUCAAGCUUCUGGGUGGGACUGUGGAGAAGUUCUUCAGUAAGGAAAUCAAGUAUCUGGUAUCCAACAAGUGGGAGGCAAAGCAUGUGCACUGCCUCAGACAGGACUCCCCUGUCCCCAGUCCCGACUCUGGACUGAGUUCCCCACACCCCCAUUCCAACCGACAGCCUUCUUCAAACAAUGUGGACAAUGUUAAAAGCAGACCUCAGGGUUCAGUGGAUACAGUGAUCAAGAGUCGAGGGAAAUCUCUGGUGGAAAGAGUCGUGACAGGGCAGGGAAGGGUACAAAUGGACAGAAUCCUGUCAAAUGCGCUGGAGUGGGGUGUCAAAAUCCUCUACUUGGAUGAUGUAUUGGUUUAUAUUCAGAAGAAAAAGAAAAUUUUCAGGAACCAGGUCUCAAAAACAGCUGCUGAUAAAUUACAAGUGAAAGUUGAAGCUUCAGCAAAGGUUUUUCAGAAAUCAAAAGCGGGGCGGAUCGCUAAACCUUUUAUUAAGGUUGAGGAUUCAAGCAGACAUUAUCGACCGAUCUACACCACAAUGCCACACCUGCCUGAGUUUUACCUGACGACAGCAGCUCCCUACAGUCCGUUCUGUGUUGAGGGGAAACAUCCCUCUGGAAUCAAACAGCAUGGACACAGGAGAGUGAAAGCUGCAGCUGCUGAGGAAAAAGGCCGAAAAAAGAACAGAGAGAAGAAGCGAGGCGGUUACUGCGAGUGCUGCUUAGUCAAAUAUGACCAGCUCAACAUGCAUCUGCAGAGUGAACGUCACAAGGCUUUCUCCAGGAGUGAUGAGUACAUGGUGGUGGACCAACUGGUUUCUGCUUUGCACUUCAGUUUCCUUCCCAUCAAGGCUAAAGCCUCAAGGCCAAAGUGCAGUGUAUCCUCUGUUCUUUUGGUACCUGAACCAUGUGGGGAAGCUGGCCCAAUUCUUCAAGGAGAUGACAGUCCCUCACAAACCAUUAAGGAAGAGGAGGAUUUGAUUGGAGAUGCAUCUGCAGAAUCAUAUUUGGGAAACAUCUGUGUACAAGGAAAGAAAAGGAACUGCUACACUUACUCGGACAGCUCCAAGCACAGGUUUCUGGUUUGCAGAAGGACAACUAGACGGAAGCUUUCAACUCCAAAACCUGAGCGGAUCACCAGUCCUCAACUGAAUUCAGAAAACACUCACUUAGAUGGGGAAUUUGUUGCCUCCUCUCCUUCCAAGGAAGACUGUGUUAGUUUUGUCGGCAAAAUUCCUCACAAAGACACAAACAGCUCAGUUUCUUACUUGCUAGGUACAAACUUUCGAAGUGAGGCAUCAGCGAGCAACUUCAGUGCAGUGACACAUGGACCUGAGGAUACAAACAAGGAUGCUAUUCUGUCUGAGUCUGUCCAUGAACUGAAAACAUUCUCACAGACUGAAAACAUUUUCUCUGAAAAGGAAGAAGAAAUCCCUUAUAUGCCAAUAGUGUCUACACUGCAAAAAAUUGAGAGAAAGAUCAAAGUUUAUAAGCACAAAAGACGGAAAGUGGACACAAACCUUGAGUCUGUAGAGCAAGGACCUGAGAACUCGCUACUGAAACUUUGGGAAAUUUUCCAGUCUAGCGACGACAUGGAUGAGGAGUUUCUUGGCUUCAUUGACUAGAUGAAGCCAAGAAACUACUGUUUGUACUGUAAUCCCUAAAGUGACUUAAAAAGUUUUAUUUAAUGCCAAGAUAAUUGGAAAAAGAACCGUCACUAAAAUGUGAUAUUAAGAGACUUUAAAGACUAAAAAUAAAAAAGUAAAUACCUUUACUGAACUUUUGACAAAACCUUUUUUUCAAGAGCUCAGGUAACCCCUCAAAAAAAGGAAACCUAAGCACAAAUGUUUCACCAUUCUUGAAACAAAAAAACAAACAAACUUGCAUGUAUGUCUUUAAUGGGUUAAAAGCCUGAAAAUCACAUUUUUUGUAUAGUAAAAAUUUAAAAUUCUAUCCCAUUUCACUUUCUUUUUCUUUCAAUUUUUGUGUUUCUGAGGUUGAAAACUGCCAGAUUGAUUAUUGCUUUGACUUUAAGAUGUGUUUUAUGAAAACUUUAGUUUUAAUAUU